AUGCCGAUUUCGAGGGUCCCUGUAUGGAACUUUAACACAUCUUUGCAUAACUUUAUUUUGGGACUCAUUUCUAGGUGCAGAUGCGGUCAAUGUGACAUUGCACUUCUUGAAAAUGCCAAAGAAUGCAAGUGUUGCAAAGAAAUUGAGGAAUGUGUUGCGGCAGUACAUGGAGAACGGGUCCUAGAAGAGCUUGGGAAGCCUCCUGAAUGCGUCAUUGGUCAUCCAAGAUUUGAACCAACUUGCCUGAAUCAAUGGACAAUAGAGUUGCUGGCUGACCAGUAUAAAACAACUCAAAAAACACACUACCGAAAUCUAGGAUCAGAAAAAAUGUUUUUAGUCAAUUUCUUUUUCUCUGGAAAACUUUGUUCUUCCAUCCUUUUUGAAAACAGAAAGAAACUUUAUUGGCACAACUUAUCAGUUGUUAUGGCACUGCAUGCCAAUGAUUCAUUUCUUAUUUUUCUUAAUCUUUCCUCCUUGUUAGCAGUUAUUUUUUUUAGAUUUUUGCGAGCUGUUGCCUAUAGAGCUUUUACAAGGCUGAUUCAUGGAAAGUUGGGGAAAAAGCGUGUGCCACUGCCUGCAUGCGCUUAUAAUGCAAUCAGAGGAAAAUUUAAUUUAGGAAAUGAGAGAGCAACAGGAUAUGCAGAACGUGAUGAAAACGUGUUACAGUAGACUGGACUAUCGCUAGUAAGGGUGUCAAAGGAGGAGUUGGGCUACUUAGACCCUAUUUAUGGUAAUUAUAAUAAAUCUGAUUGCUCUAAAUUUUUUGGACAGUCUUGUAGUAAUUUGUGUCCUUUCAUCGGUCUUUUGCAAGCUGUGCAAUGAGGUGCUUUCUUUUUUAGAGGUUCCACAACAUCAGCUGAACCUAAAAUGUCAAAAAAGUGCAUUAAGUACACUAUAGUUGGAUAUAUUUCAUUUGAACUAUAUGCAAAUUGAAACAUAUGAUUUGAAACAUAUGAAACACUUGAACUGUAUGCAAAAUGAUCACAUAAAAUGUUUGCCAGCAGUUACAUUUGUUUUGCAUUGCACCUAUUUUUACAUACUGUUCAGGCAAUCACUUCCAAUAAUUCUUUCAAUAUAUGUGAUUAUAUGGGCAUUGACAUAGUUUUCAACAUUGUGCAUUAUGAACCUUUUCCAUUUUACCUGAAGAUGUUGCAGGCACUUCUUGUGUAACCAUUCGCUUUCGCUGCUCCUGUUUUUCUAUUGCCGCUUUCAUAUUUUCUUUGUCAAAACCUGCACAAAGCGGGGGUGGUGUAGCCUCUUUCAGUUUUUUCAUGGCUACAGUCAACAGUCCUUCAUUAAUGCUUUUCAUUGUUGUGGCAAAAAGCUCCUCCACAUAUUUUGAUAUAAAAUAUGAGAGGAUA